UGGUCUGGAGCAGCUGAAACCGGUUUGAGCGGAGCCGCUUCCUGCCGCUCGGCGCCGCCGCGGGCUGCCUGGGGGAGCGCUGGCGAGGCGCUGACGGCGGGUGCCGGGCAUCUCGGCCCGCGGCCCUCGCUCUUGGGCGCAGCGGUAGCGACGGCGCGGACCCGCGGACCUGGCAGCACAACAUUCUAAAAUAAAUCCAUCAGAAUGACACCUUCUCAGGUCACCUUUGAAAUAAGAGGAACUCUUUUACCAGGAGAAGUUUUUGCCAUAUGUGGAAGCUGUGAUGCUUUGGGAAACUGGAAUCCUCAAAAUGCUGUGGCUCUUCUUCCAGAAAAUGAGACAGGUGAAAGCAUGUUAUGGAAAGCAACCAUUAUACUCACUAGAGGAGUAUCAGUUCAGUACCGCUACUUCAGAGGGUGCUUUUUAGAACCAAAGACUAUCGGUGGUCCAUGCCAAGUCAUAGUUCACAAGUGGGAGACUCAUCUACAACCACGAUCAAUAACCCCUUUAGAAAGUGAAAUUAUUAUUGACGACGGACAAUUUGGAAUCCACAAUGGUGUUGAAACUCUGGAUUCUGGAUGGCUGACAUGUCAGACUGAAAUAAGAUUACGUUUGCAUUAUUCUGAAAAACCUCCUGUCUCAAUAACAAAGAAAAAAUUAAAGAAAUCUAGAUUUAGGGUAAAGUUGACACUAGAGGGCUUGGAAGAAGAUGACGAUGAUAGGGUGUCUCCUACUGUUCUUCACAAAAUGUCCAACAGCCUGGAGAUAUCCUUAAUAAGCGACAAUGAAUUCAAGUGCAGGCAUUCGCAGCCAGAGUGUGGGUAUGGCUUACAGCCCGAUCGUUGGACAGAGUACAGCAUACAGACAAUGGAACCAGAUAACCUGGAACUAAUAUUUGAUUUUUUUGAGGAAGAUCUCAGUGAACACGUAGUUCAGGGUGAUGCUCUUCCUGGACACGUGGGGACAGCAUGUCUCUUAUCAUCCACCAUUGCUGAGAGUGGGAAGAGUGCUGGAAUUCUCACUCUUCCCAUCAUGAGCAGAAAUUCCAGAAAAACAAUAGGCAAAGUGAGAGUUGACUAUAUAAUUAUUAAGCCAUUACCAGGAUACAGUUGUGAUAUGAAAUCUUCAUUUUCCAAGUAUUGGAAGCCAAGAACACCAUUGGAUGUUGGACAUCGUGGUGCAGGGAAUUCUACAACAACUGCUCAGCUUGCUAAAGUUCAAGAAAAUACUAUUGCUUCUUUGAGAAAUGCUGCUAGUCAUGGUGCAGCCUUUGUAGAAUUUGAUGUACAUCUUUCAAAAGAUUUUGUGCCUGUGGUGUAUCAUGAUCUCACCUGUUGUUUGACAAUGAAAAAGAAAUUUGAUGCUGAUCCAGUUGAAUUAUUUGAAAUUCCAGUAAAGGAAUUAACAUUUGACCAACUCCAGUUGUUAAAGCUCGCUCAUGUGACUGCACUGAAAUCUAAAGAUCUGAAAGAAUCUGUGGUUGAGGAAGAAAAUUCUUUUUCUGAAAAUCAGCCAUUUCCUUCUCUUAAGAUGGUUUUAGAGUCUUUGCCAGAAGAUGUAGGGUUUAACAUAGAAAUAAAAUGGAUCUGCCAACAAAGGGAUGGAAUGUGGGAUGGUAACUUAUCAACGUAUUUUGACAUGAAUCUGUUUUUGGACAUAAUUUUAAAAACUGUCUUAGAAAAUUCUGGGAAGAGGAGAAUAGUGUUUUCUUCAUUCGAUGCAGAUAUUUGCACUAUGGUUCGGCAAAAGCAGAACAAAUACCCCAUAUUAUUUUUGACUCAAGGAAAAUCAGAUAUUUACCCUGAACUCAUGGACCUCAGAUCUAGGACAACCCCCAUUGCAAUGAGCUUUGCACAGUUUGAAAACCUACUGGGAAUAAAUGCACAUACUGAAGACCUGCUCAGAAACCCAUCCUAUAUUCAAGAGGCAAAAGCUAAGGGACUAGUCAUAUUCUGCUGGGGUGAUGAUACCAAUGAUCCCGAAAACAGAAAGAAAUUGAAGGAGUUUGGAGUUAAUGGUCUAAUUUAUGAUAGGAUAUAUGAUUGGAUGCCUGAACAGCCAAAUAUAUUCCAAGUGGAGCAGUUGGAACGCCUGAAGCAAGAAUUGCCAGAGCUUAAGAGCUGUUUGUGUCCCACUGUUAGCCGCUUUGUUCCCUCAUCUUUGUGUGGGGAGCCUGAUAUCCAUGUGGAUGCCAACGGCAUUGAUAACGUGGGGAGUGCUUAGUUUUUACUGGGCAGAGGCCCUUUUGGGGCACGCACCACUGUUGUGGGGGUUCACUUUUCAUCACUGAGCAUUGUUUAUGCCUUCUAGGUUUCUCAGUCCAAUGAAGCAAUAAUGAAGUAUUUUACUAUUUCACUACAAUUCUUGCUAGAAUUUCAAGUAUGCUAUUUAAAUCAUUUGGCCAGGUAUAAUUACCAGUCAGUCUCUUUACAAUGAGAAAAUUUAUUGGUUGGCAAACAUUUUAAACUAAAUAUGUAAACAUAUAAUGUUAAACGUCCAUUAAAACCAUAGUGCUUGGAAAUUAACUAUAUAAAUAUCUUAUAUUUACAGUUCUUACAACUUUCAUUUGAUCAGGUCUGAAAUAUUUAGCACUUGAGGAACAUGACUAUGCAUAAUUAUACCUGACCAUGGAAAAAAUAAGUACCUCAAAUGCAUGCAUUUGCACUGGUGAUUCCAACUGCACAAAUCUUUGUGCCAUCUAUGUAUAUAUGUAUUUUUUACAUGGAUUGACAUGCACACACACCAUUUUCAUUCAGUAUGAACCUUGAGGCUGCUGCCAUUCUCCCACUUAACCAAACCAAUGCCUGUGUAAACAGCCUGGAGGUGAUCCUUGAAAACUUGUCUCAUAAGUCUUUCAAAAGUUGUUUUGCAUAAAUGUUAAAGUUUCAAAAUGCUGCAGGGUAAUUUAAUGUAUAAAAUAUUAGAAGUAUGUAGUGCAUACUUAAUAGAGUAGGCCGUAAUGUGUAAAUUCUAUUCCAUGCAUGCUUUAGGUUUUAAGCAUGAGAUUGUACAUGUUUACUGUAAGUCCUUGCAUCUGUGGUGCUAGGUGAGUGUGAGAAGGUGUCAAGGACUGAAAAUAUUUUGUUGCCUAAAAAAAAAAAAAAAAAAAAAAAAAAAAGCCUGUUUGUAGGCAUUUUAAAUAUGCUUAUUUUAAGUGUCUCUCACUACCUAUUACACACCGUUGCUCUGUGGGUUUGUUGUGUGUGUGUGUGUGUGUGUGUGUUGUACAGCGGUUAAAUCUCCAUGCAGAAAAAUAAAUGUCCUGAAUUCUCA